GCCUAUAGCGUCAUUAAUGCGCUUCUCAAGACAACUAGAAGACGAUCGAGCAAAUACGUGCGCAUAGCGCACCGUCUUUUAAUGACUGCGAUCAUAUUGGUCAUUGUAUUGUCAUUUGCUUCAUGGGCAGCGUCUAUAGGAGCCGGCAUUUUAUUACGCAAACCAGAUAUAGAGCUUAAUCGAUUGGGAACGCUUGGCGACCAGCUUUCUGUCAGUGGCGUGGCUUUUGAAGUUCUUUUUGAAUCAAUUGCCUUGCUAGUUAUGAUUGAUCUAGUAAGCCGCGAAAGAAUGUCGGACAGUAGCAGCACUACUAUGACUGAACAGUCAAGGUCCAUACAGUCACACUCUAGCAGUGGUGCACACAGUGAAACCGUACUGAUCACAGUGCUUGAAAAAGAAGACCGUGCACCACAUGCAUCUGCUGCUCGGGCUGAUAGAUCCAAACCCAGUAUAUUUGGCAACAGUGUAAAUACUAGUUUUAUACGAAAACUAGAUGCACGAUUAAACGAUUUAACUCGGGGAUCCACCUCCUCCCUUGAUUCCAGAUAG